UAAGUUAUCAUCUGGGUUAUCAGUUAGAUAACUAGUAACAUUUUUCCCUGCCAAGAUGAAGUAUUGCGUUUUGCUUUUGUUAAUUCCGUUUUGUUUUGGAGCUGACCCUUCAUGCUGUAUGCCAAGACAGGCAACAUACAGUAAAUUUACUGUGACAAGUCAGUUUGAUCAAAAUCACAAUGGAUUUCAUUCUUUUGAGAAAAAAGGCAAGGUCUACAUGGAUUUCGACAACAAAAGACGAAUUGAUAUUGUCACAAAAACAGAAAAUGGACAGAGCCAUAGCAUAGUAGCAUACACAGACUAUAACAUUGGUAAGACGUACGAGGUUGUGGAUGGACAUUGCACUAUAAAAGAUGCCUUAUUGGUAAAUGGAUCAAUGCCAGCUAACUGCUUCCCAGGUCCAAAUGCUGGGAAUUAUUACAUUGGACGUGAAACCCUAGGCGAUACUCUGACGGAUGUUUGGAGAACGGAUCUUACACAGUCUCAUGGCUUUAUGGCUGUGAUGCAUGUGUCUGUCAAAGACUGUUUGCUUAUGACAGAAAUCGAUUAUGGAACCAUUCAAGGAGUUAAGAUACAGAGUACCACCAUCUUAUCUGAUGCAGUACCACGUAUUGAAGACCAGAAUGUCUUCCAAGUUCCCCAGCAAUGUCACCAUCAGCCCUAAAAGAGGAAACAAUGACAAUAGUUAUAUUUUGGUUGCAUUAUCGACAAUUUUCAUUUUAUUAGAUAUAGAAUCAGCAGCAAAAUGUGUUGUUUUCUUUAAACUAAAGAGUUUGUGAGAUUGAGAGAUUUAGAAGAAGUAUUUUCUCUUGGUGAA